GAACUUUCCAAAAGUCAGGCCUCGACUGAAGGUGGGGGGGAAAAAAAAAGUCAACAUUUGCCCUCCUGCCGGCUGAAAUAAGUUCAGCACUCUCAACUUAACGGUCCUUUACGCUUUCCACAUCGCACCUCCGUGGAACACGACUCUCAGUGCACCGAAAGCUUCAACUUGUCAGCGUCAAAAAAAGACCACCAAACCGCAAUCAUGGCCACCCCCACCCCAGCAACCUGCCAAUCCCAAUUCGAACAAGGCGUUGCCAUUGCCCUGCAUCUCUGGCCCGCUCUCUCCCUCGCCGUGCAGAACAACUGGGGCGGUCCCGACUCGGCCGACAAACGCGACUGGUUCGCCGGCGCCGUCGUCGACCUCUUUCCCGAUCUGAACAAAGUGCUCGCUCCUGCGUCCGAAAAGCAACAACAACCCUCGAACACAACACAAAAGUCCACCGACGACCAUGAAGAAGCAACAGAAGAACCCGACCAGCUCGACAUUGAGACCGUCCUCCUGCAAGUAAUGCUGGACGAGUUUGAGGUCAACGUCGAUGACGACUCGGCCUUCGAGGUGGCCGAGCAGAUCCUGCGCGUGCGCCUGGGCUGUCUAAAGGGCAAAUUCGACGAGGUGGAUGCGCUGCGCAGGCGGUUCGAGGGCAAGGGAGGCAAUAAGAAGGUGGUGUUCAAGAAGGCGGAGGACCAGGAUAACGACACCGAUUGGGACACGGAUGACGACGAGGAGGUCGACAGUGAUGAGGAGAUGGGUGACGCGCCGGCGCUGGUUCCCACCACGCAGCAGCCAAAGGAGAAAGUCGAGCCUGAGGUGGAUGAGGAUGGGUUCACCAAGGUUGUGGGCAAGAAGAGGAGGUGAAUUGGUUUUUGGAACCUCCAAAUUUGAAGAAGAUUGAGAGGGAGGUGGGAAGGGCUGCGAGUGUGACGGGAGGAUGAUCAUAUUCCUGGUUCACCCCGGUUCGCUGAACGAAGAAGAGGGCUGGUCAAAAGGAAGAAGCAGAAGGGGGCACGAGGGAAAGCUGGAGGAGCAAGCAACAUCAACUUGCUCUCUCAGGCUCUGCGCAAAGAUACUUGCGGAAACAGGGUCUCAAUAUUGACGACAACAUGCGGGCUCAUCAUCUUCACAUCACUCCGAAACCUUGGACCAUAACCAACAAAGUUAAAACGCCAACUCAAGCCAGUAUUAUCAUCGCCCGUAAAACAUUAUAGUUGUGUCCAGCACAUGUACGCGCCCACCAAUUCGCCCAUGAACAUCAUUCCCCGAAUCCUUACUCCCAGUCUUCCUCAUCGCUGCUCUCGUCGGCCUUGCGACCCUCAUUAGGACUGUUGGGCGCACGGCUGGGAACGCCAGAAGCAGCGCCAACGACGUCAUAGCUCGCUUCGCUGUCGGCCUGCGACUUCUCGUCGUUGGACUUUCUAGGUUCCGAGGGCUUUAGGCUGCCCUGAGCAGCCGCGCCAGUUGAUGGGGGGUUGAUGGUAGUGGAGGAUUCGGUGGAAGAAGACCGCGCGGCCGGCUUCUUGCUGGUAGCUGGCGCAGCCUUGUCGUCCCUGGAUGUCACCUCCUCCGAAGUGUUUUCCUCGUCAGAGGAGUCCUCAUCCCACCCAACUUCCUCUUCAGCGGAAGCAGCUGUUAUAGGGUCACUUGUUAGCAUAUCCUUCGUAGACUGGGGUUAAACCAAACCCCUCGCAAAAUCCAUCCAAAUGCAUUCAACAAGGAAUUUAAUUUUCUUACCCUUGAGCAAAUCUCUCCUCC